CUCGUUUAUUGUGGCGGUCGCGGGUGUUUAGUUUCUGAAAUCCAAGUCUCGUGAUUUCUAAAGUUUAUUGGAAGUUGUAAUGUUUAUCUAAGUGAUUAAGAUAAUGCCUUGUUUUUUAUAAUUGGGCGGUAGAACUAGUUAAGUAACUCAGGAAAUAAAUAAAAUGCCAGAACAAACAAAGAUGACGUUCCAAGUGAAAUGGGGUAUAGCCGGCGAUGGCAUGAUCACUCACGACUUCCUAACAGCACUGGGCACACUUCCCCCGGACCAGCAUAAGGUCGUCGCGAUCGCUGGCAAAGACCUAGAUCGUGUGCAGCGAUUGGCCACGCUACAUAACAUAGGAACAGCGUACGAAGGCUUCGAGGCUCUAGCACGCGACACAAAUAUCGACAUAGUUUUUGUGAGCGUACUCAACUUACAACACUUUGAGAUCGCGAAACUUAUGUUGGAGAACGGCAAACAUGUGCUGUGCGAGAAGCCAAUGGGGAUGACUUACAAACAGACGAGGGUAUUAGUGGACCUAGCGAGACAGAAGAAGCUGUUUCUUCUAGAGGGCAUGUGGUCCCGUUUCUUCCCGGCGUACGACGCGCUCGACAAGCACAUAGCCAUGGGCGGUCUGGGGGAAGUGUAUCACAUCAAUAUACAGUUCGGCGUCGAAAUCAACGACAUAGAGAGGAAUCUAAUGAAAGACCUAGGCGGCGGCGCGGUGCUAGACCUUGGUAUAUACAUGCUGCAACUCCUGCAGUUCAUAUACAAGGACCCGCCAACGGAUAUCAUGUGUACGGGCCACCUGAGUAAAACUGGUGUGGACGAGUCUAUCUCCUGUGCGUUGAAAUACAAGAAUGGGAGGACUGCGACCAUAGCGGCGCAUACAAGAGCCACCAUGACUAACAGAGCUGACAUCGUCGGCACCAAAGGUACUGUGGCACUUGAAUACUUCUGGUGCCCGACGGCUCUCCACCUGUCAGCUGCGAACAGCACGGAGUGGUCGCUGCCGCGCGGACGUCACCGCUUCCACUUCCACAACAGCGCCGGCCUCGCGUACCAGAUACAGGAGUGCCACGACUGCCUCAGCAAAGGUCUGCUAGAGAGUCCCAAGAUGACGUUAGAUGAGAGCAUAGUCCUGGCGAAGCUGACUGACACGAUGCGCGCGCAGGUCGGCGUGCUCGACUAGACACAACCAAAGUAACCGCGAACCAGUAUUAGUGAAGUAUUACUUAUUUAUUUGCUUAGUACUUAUUGAAUUGGUAAGAGUUUCGCAGGGAAAUUCUCCAGCAAGCGGCCUUCGCUAACUUGAGACGUGUCUUAUAUCUGUCUAAACGGGCCCCUAGACGAUCAAUUUUAUUG